AUGGCGUCAGGCAGUUCUUCGUCUGACUCUAGCUCAAAUUCAUCCUCCGAUAGCGACUUGGAUUCGGACUCGUACGAUGAAGAAACCACUUACUUGCGGUCUCUGUUAGACAACGCAAAAUCAAAUGCUCGACAGUCGGCUAAAUUGAAAAGGGCACUCCGGGAAAAUGAGUUUGGUGACGGAGAAGACAUUAUCAAAUUGGGUGGCGGCGAAUUGGAAAGUGACGCCCCUGCUACUGUACGAGAAACAGCUAUCUCUGGAACCAUUACUCCUGCACCCCCUCCAAAACCAAGCUGGUUUGACCUUCCAGCACCCGCUGAGGCCGAUCUCCCUCGAUUGCAUCGUGAAAUCGAGGCUCUUCACCUGCACAAUCAAAUUGACCCCAAACGCUUCUACCGCAAAGACGACGGCGAUGGGAAGAGUAUCAAAAAACAUUUUGCUAUUGGUACUAUUGUGACUACAAACACGCCAUUCGGCACAGCAAGCACAGACAACCUUCCUCGUGCUCAUCGCAAAAGAACUUUGGUCGACGAGUUAGUCGAUGAUGCGGAAGCGCAACGAUAUGCGAAGAGGAAGUUCGAGGACUUGCAGGCGGUGAGGGGCGCGAGAGGAAAGAAUACCUCACAUCGAAAGAAGGUGUUGCGCAGGCCGAAGUGGUAA